ACCAUCUCAAACAUCACUUGCCUUCAAGAUUUUCUAUACAACUACGAAGUACGAACCACGAAACAUAACCUUCAAUUUUCACUCUUCAUUUCAUCAAUGGCUCCACCAGUUAACAGAAACGCUGCCGACAGACCCACUUCCGGUCUCCUCAAGGCUAACACGUUGCCUCGCCGUGCUUACGUCACCUUCUUGGCCGGCGACGGUGACUACUGGAAAGGUGUCGUUGCUCUAGCCAAGGGUCUCCGUAAAGCCAAGUCGGUGUACCCACUCGUUGUAGCGAUGCUUCCCGACGUUCCGAUGGACCACCGCCAAAAGUUGCUGGCUCAAGGCUGCAUUAUCCGGGAGAUCGAACCGUUGUACCCGCCGGAAAACCAGACACAGUUCGCCAUGGCUUACUACGUUAUUAAUUACUCCAAGCUCCGUAUAUGGGAGUUUGUGGAGUACAGCAAGAUGAUAUAUUUAGACGGAGACAUACAAGUGUUCGACAACAUCGACCAUCUGUUUGACUUGCCGGACGGCAAUUUCUACGCAGUUAUGGACUGUUUCUGCGAGCGAAAUUGGAGGAACAGUCCUCAGUACCAGAUUGGAUACUGUCAGCAGUCGCCGGAAAAAGUCCAGUGGCCGGAAAAAGAGCUCGGUUCUAAACCUGCACUCUAUUUCAACGCCGGAAUGUUCGUUUUCGAGCCCAAUCUCUCCACAUACUACGACCUCCUGGAGUCGGUGAAGGCGACGCCGCCGACACUAUUCGCCGAACAAGAUUUCUUGAACGUCUUCUUUCGAGACAUUUACAAACCGCUGCCAACCGAGUACAAUUUGAUCUUGGCGAUGCUGUGGCGCCACCCGGAGAACGUGGACCUUGACAAGAUCAAGGUGGUGCACUACUGCGCCGACGGGUCGAAGCCUUGGCGGUUCACCGGGAAAGAGAAGAACAUGGAUAGAGAAGAUAUCAAGAUGCUGGUGGAUAAGUGGUGGGAUAUUUACAACGAUGAGACGUUGGAUUACCGGAGGACUGGUGCAGGUGGUUUGUCGCCGCAGUUGAUCACAGCGGUAGAAACACCCACGCCGGCGCUGACCAAGAGGGGUGGUCGUCCUCGCUACGUGACUGCACCGUCGGCGGCUUAGCCAUGGUGUAUAUAUAUAUAUAUAUAUACAUAUACAUAUAAUCGAGCUCAUAUGUUAAUGAGAUUUAAGAAAACAAUUAAAUUAAAAAUAGUGGGGGUGGUUUUUUAUUUUCCAUUUUUUUGGUGAUUUUGGUAUGAAUUUGUAACUAUGACUAUCGGGAUUUCCACAAUAUUUUGUAGAUGGAAAAUUCCUAUUUGUAUAUAUUCAAUAUCUUUAUUUUGUAAAAUUGCUGUCUC